AUGUUUUUUUUAGCAUUUGUAUCCACCCAAAAUUCUAUUUUUGCUCCUUUUUCUAUCCGACAUCCUUUUUAUAAAGGUGUAAAACGUUGUGUGUGCAUCCUGGCCAUGUGUCUGAGUGCGCUGGGGGAGAGGAUGUCAGAUGCUCGGCUGCUGCUGCUGUUGCUCAUGAUAAUGCUCUCAGUCUCCGGUUGUUUAAGCAUGGAUGUUAUUAUGCCCAGUAAAAUAGAUGCAAAGAAUGGAUCAGAUAUCAAAAUCCCUUGCACUUUCACUUCCUGCUAUAAGAUAGAUACAAAGCAGUUUAUCAUGAACUGGACCUACCAUGAGUCAAUCAACGAUACAGAACAAAGGUUUUUGGAAUAUAACAGGAAAAAAGGAAUGGUGACCUUGCUCCCAGAACGGUUUGGAGACAGGGUGGUGUUUGCAGGAAACCUGGAAAAGAAUGAUUUGUCAAUCAUCCUAUCAGAUGUUCAAGAAGAAGAUGAGGGAAUUUACAACUGUUAUGUGAUAAAUCCUCCAGAUCGCAUACAUGGUCGUGGGUCCAUAAAGCUCAACGUUUUAACUAAACUUCCCCCACCGAGAGACUCAACGAUUGCGGUUGCGAUCGGUGCAUCAGUGGGUGGAGCGCUUGCUCUCCUUAUCCUUUCCAUGGUGGUUGUGAAAUUUCUUCGUCAUCAUCUGAAACAGGACCUGACCUCAGAGGAAAAGAUGGAGGAGGAGGGGAAAUUAGAGCCUGAAGUUGCCACAGAAGAAGGACCAAAGUAA